AUGUCCUUGGGACUCACCCUGACGGCCUCCGCCUCCACCGACCUCAUGGCCUACUCCGAUGCCGACUGGGCUGGCUGCCCCGACACGCGACGCUCUACGUCAGGCUACUGCAUCUACCUUGGGCCCUCGUUGAUCUCUUGGUCAUCGAAGCGGCAGCCCACGGUCUCCCGCUCCAGCGCCGAGGCGGAGUAUCGCGCCGUGGCUAAUGUCGUGGCCGAGUGCUCUUGGAUACGUCAGCUGCUCCAGGAGUUGCUUUGUGAUGUUCACAAGGCCACUCUUGUCUACUGCGAUAACGUCAGCGCGGUCUACCUCUCCGCCAACCCGAUAGGAUGA